GUGGAAAACUUUUAAAUUGUUAUUAUUAUUAUUAUUUUAUUUUAACCUUGUGAUUGUCUUGUAGGCCAAACCGUUAUUAAGGCGUUCACCUUUUGACUAUUUUCUUUGGAGAUUGUUAGAAUAAAUUGAGAUAUUAACAUUAUUAGGAACGUUAUGUUAGCAAGACCUACAGAAUGUUAGCAAAUUUAUUUGUAAGAACAGACACCUGAGAGCCCUGUUGCGGGACAAAAUUUAACUCACUCAAAUAUCUUGUUGUCAUGGUUACGGCUCAUGUUUCAAGAGUUUUGAUUGCUAACUAGCACAUUGUUUUCGGUUAUUAUUAUGCCAAUGUUCCGUAUUUUAAAGUUAUUAGACCACCAUUAAAUAAUGGCUGGCAUACCUGAACACGAAGACAAAUUGGGAGACGUUUUACUUCAGGUUCAACAGGAUUUAAGACUGCUUAAAUGUAAUAUUGAAAAAAUCAAUGCCAACGAUAAGUGUGCAACUCUGGAUAUUCAAGCUCUGGACAAUGCUAUUGGUAGGACCCAAAGUAGCAUCCGGAAACACGCAGAAGAUUAUUUGAAAGCCGUAAACACACAGCAGCUUGUUCUUCCAACCAUUGAGGACUUACCAAAACAGACUGUAAAGACUCAUAAAUGGAAACCUUCUCUUGAGAGUCUCCCUGAUGUGCAUUCACAAAGAAAGACGUUUCACGGAGCACUACCUAUUGGAAAGGUGAAACAUCCAAGAAAUAUUUCUGGGCCUGUAGAGAUUCUUCAGGACACUGAAGCAAAAGGAAAACGCUUUCUGAAUCUUCCUGACGAUGACCUGGAGCCAGCGGUUCAAGCAAGCUUGCUUUGUAUGUCGGUUCAGCACAAGAUUAUGUCUCUUAAUCCCAGGAAGAAUUUAUACACUUCUAAAAGAGAAUCAGAUUCCAUAUCUGAUAAGGAGUCAAAAUGGCAAAUGGAUUCAGAAUCCAGCUGUGUCAGAAAGCCUAGAGAAGGCCAUCCUGUCUGGACCAGUUCAUCAACUCACUCCAAAGCUUCUGAGAGCAUGGACCAAUGGGAUAUGCAAGCCACAACCAGUUUUAUCACCAAAGGCUCCCAGAAGCGGUCUGUAGAAGUUUCUGUAAGCACCACCAAGUACCCUUUUACAAUCAUGAAGGGACAGAUCGACCCGAUGGAGAGAGAUUUCAGUCACUUCAAGCACAGCUUUAGUGUGUGCUGGAGCAGCGUUGUUGACGCUCUGGAGGCUCUGAAUAAACUGCUCAGGGAUUUUGCAGUGCCUUUAGCUAAGGUUAAUGGAGAACGGCUUGUGGAGUUGUGCCUUAAGUCCGAUUGUGGUUGGAGAAAGACUCCGUCAGCGGCCGUUCUCUUCUCAGUGCUUGAAAAUCAGGAGGAGGUAUUAGGUCUGGUCUCACGUCCAGGUCAACGCUACAGAGGAGAGAGAGGCACUGAGACUGCUGCCAUAUGUAUACAGUCCUGCUGGAGGCGCUACUUGGCCAGGACUGCCUACAUGUGCCACUGCCGACGCAGGUGGGCGGUGCAAGUUAUCUCAUUGUCAUGGGCGAUGCACGCUCAAAGGUGCCAUGUGAAGAGAGCCCUUCAGGCUAGGCGUUUCAGUCAGCUGGAGAAUUAUCGCAGCAGAGCGCAGCAUCUGGCAGCAAACUGGAAACACAUCCGGUCAUCCAAGAGGACCAUUAUCCACAUCCCUUCCUUAGGGUACUCCAAGAGACAGAGACUGAACACGAGAAGAUAUGACAUCCUCCAGAACAUCCAAAUUAGCAGGCUGUGUGAUGUUAGAGAUGAAAAUGUGGAGGUGAUCUACAUAUGUCCCAUGCAUCUGGGGGAAGACAUCUUGCAGUGUUACACCAGUCUCCAGAAGUGCAAUGGGGCUGAUUCCAGGACCAGCCAAGCCUCAUCCUGCAACAGGCGGUUUAUUAUUCUAACACCUGAGGCUGUGGAUCAUUUCCCUACCCACAACAUGUGUUUGUCUACUCUGCUGAAGUAUAGUCCGCGCACCCUGAAGCGUAUCAAACACCUAAUCCAGGGGAAGCAGGCAUAUAUAGUGGGUAGGGUUGGCCAUCUGGAUGACCUGGCAGUGGCUGAUGAGCUAGAUGUGCCAAUCCUGGGUCCAGAACCAGCUGUUUCACAACUCCACAGCACCAAGUCUGGAGGAAGAAGGAUAUUUUCUGUGGCAGGAGUUGAUGUACCCCCUGGGCAGGGAGAUGUGUACUCACUAGACCAGCUUUAUGAAACACUCGCUGAACUUAUGACUCUAAACAUUCACAUGCAGCGCUGGCUUUUUAAGAUCAAUUUACAGCGUGGAGGUUGUGAUACGGCCUUCUGUGAUGUUUGCCACCUUAGCUGCUAUAACUGGGCCCUACAGCGCUAUCGUCGUUAUGGUCCUGAUCUAUGGAGCUCAAAAUGGGUUCAGGAGUCUGUCCUGCCCAGAUAUCUAGAUGACAUCCCAGAAUGGUUGGCCCAUUAUGCCCAACCGGCUAAAACUUCCAGUUUUCUCAAUUGGUCCAGCUUCCUGAAGACCUUCCUCAGGCAAGGAGGAGUAGUGGAGGCACACCCCCCUUCAGCCAGUGUCACCUAUCUGACGGUAGAUAUACUACUGGAGCCCAGUGGUGAGGUGACCAUGCUGUCCUGUGGAGACCAGCUCCAUGGCUCCUGUUUUCCAGAUGCUGUGGGAUCAACUGUUCCUCAGACCUCUGUACACCCAGAGACCUUGCACUCCAUCUGCAUGCGUGUGGCUCAGGCUUGCCAGCAGCACUUUGUGGGUUAUAUAUCUGUGGGCCUGGCUACCUUUGUGGACCACAGCACCAUGGAGCAGAAGGUAUGGGCUUUUAACCUGGACAUUGUGUACAGUGACCAGCUUGCCAUGACCCAGAUGCUACUAAUGACGACUGGAGGAACGUUAAACUGGCACACAGGCUGUUUAGAAGUGCCGGUCAAAGGGAAAUGCUUUGAACAGCAGGCUGCCGCAGAGCAUCCGGUGGUCACUCGCUAUGCAGUCAUUGGGAUCCACUUGUUUCAUUCUAACCUUUCGAUGUUGUACCACAAUGUGUUCCUUAAGGUGUGCAAAGUUCAUGGAAUUGAAUUUAACAAGAAGCAAAAGCAAGGCACUGUUUUUGCUCUCUAUGACACUAGUGAGCGAUGCAGCAUUGGAAUGAUAACGAUCUCAGAGGAUCUCCAGGGAGCUCUGGUGACCUUUGCUCAGAAUUUGUCAGUCAUUCAUCAGGAAAUAUCAUCCUCUAAAAAGCAAGGAGAAACCAAUUUCAAGGAGCUGAUCAGAACCGUUGAAGAUGUGUUGCAGAUGAUUAUUCAGAACAAGAACCAGCUGAAGGACAAACCUGCUGCUUAAACAGGCCUAUUCCUUAGCCUAGAGGAUGGAAAAUACAAGCACUUUUCCUACCAGUCCUACCAAUUUUGGUAAUGCCCAGGUUGUUUAACAGUAUCUUUAUUUAUUAGAGAAUGUCUUCUUGUGCCAUGGUAUAUAAAUAACAUUGUGGAACUUCUUGUGACAUUCUCCUGACUGAUACCUUUGAAGAAUUAGGUCACUUCGAUCUUUUGUAGCGUUUCUACAAACUACAACUUCAGCUAAAGGAUGCAAAUGUGGAAAAUCAGAAGAAUUCAAGUAGGAGACAGAAACCUUGUUUCAGGGUUAUCAUAUUCGACUGUACCUCAUGACAGAGGUGAACUCAAGAAGACUGAAUGCUGAAACUGAAUCAAAGGGUGAUUCAAAUAAGUAUCAGAUUAAUGGUGUGCACAACUAGGUUAUUGUUGCUUUUUAAUUAUUUUUACAUUUUCCAGUCAAUUCUGUUUUUUUUUUUUUUUUAUGUAAACUGUCUCAUUAUACAUGUAAAGUUUUGAAACUAUGUAUCAUUGUGUCAUUUUUUUUUUUUUUUUAAAUAUCAAUAGCCAUUUGCUUUAACAGAGGCCUGGAGAUUUUUUGAAGGCUGCUGUACAACAUCAAUUGGUUUUGGAAACUUCAGAUUACAUUCAGUGAAUGUAUUGCUAGAGUAGAUAGAUUUCAUAGUAGGUGAUGAUGAAUAGCGAUGCUAGUUUGAUAGACAGAUAAUGAUAUUUAGUAAUCUUUUUUUUCUGCACCGUUUAAGAGAAAACAAAUUACUUUGGUUAGUGAGCGAAAAAGUGAUUGGUACAGUCUCAAUGUUAUUCUCCAAGGGCACUUUCUGUAAGUAGACAAUUAAAAAUAAGUUCCAAAUCUGUGGUGAACCAUGAAGAUGUGUAUUUCUUAACUUUUUUAUUACUGCAAAUGAACGAGACAUUCAAACUGACUGCUAUUUUACUGGCUUCCUUAUUGUUCCUCGUUUUGAAUGGUUAAUUGUU